UUUAAGCGUACGAGGAGGCCGCAGCUCCGUAAAAGCGCCACGGGAGGCUCGAAGUCUCCGCGCGUUUAAGAUCGAUGGAUUUUUAUUCUCCAGUGGAUUUUUUGAGCUCCAGGGUGUCCCCGUCAGCCCCGGCCCCGCCCCGGAAGUGCCGCUCGGUCCCUGUCGGGGCCGGCCCGUCCCGGUGCCGCCGCCGCCGCCAUGGGGGGGAAGAACAAGCAGCGAACCAAGGGCAACCUGCGGCCUUCUAGCAGCGGCCGAGCUGCAGAGCUCCUUGCCAAAGAACGUGGAACAGUGCCUGGGUUUAUUGGCUUUGGAACAUCUCAGAGUGAUCUAGGAUAUGUUCCUGCAAUUCAGGGAGCAGAGGAAAUAGACAGCCUUGUGGAUGCCGAUUUCCGAAUGGUGUUGCGAAAACUUUCUAAAAGGGACAUCACAACAAAGUUAAAAGCUAUGCAAGAGUUUGGGACAAUGUGCAAGGAAAGAGAAGCAGAAGUUGUUAAAGGUGUUCUUCCUUACUGGCCAAGAAUUUAUUGUAAAAUUUCACUAGAUCAUGAUCGCCGUGUUCGAGAAGCAACUCAGCAAUCUUUUGAGCAACUGAUUCUUAAAGUAAAAAAACACUUAGCUCCUUACUUAAAAAGUAUCAUGGGAUACUGGCUGAUUGCUCAGUGUGACACUUACUCUCCUGCUGCUUCUGCUGCAAAAGUAGCUUUUGAAAAAGCUUUUCCUUCAAGCAAACAGCCGGAAGCCUUAGUGUUUUGUAAAGAUGAAAUUCUUAAUGUACUUCAGGAUCACCUUCUGAAAGAGACAGCUGAUACACUCAGUGACCCCCAAACUGUUCCAGAAGAAGAAAGGGAAGCCAAAUUUUUUCGGAUUCUGACCUGUUCCUUGUUAGCUUUAAAAAAGUUGCUUAACAUGUUGCCCAAAAAAGAGAUGCAUUCAUUAGAGGAAAAGUUAAUGUCGCUUCUAUCCCAAAACAAAUUUUGGAAAUACAGCAAACACAACAUACCACAGGUUCGCUCAGCUUUCUUUGAGCUGAUUUCUGCUUUUUGCCAGCACUUGCCUGAGCUGGUGAGAGCUGAAGCACCAAGAGUUUGUCCUGCUGUUCUUCUGAGCAUUGAUGACAGCGAUGCAGUGGUGUGUCCUGCUCUUUGGGAAGCUGUACUUUAUACUAUCACCACUAUUGAGGACUGUUGGAGUCAUGUAAAUGCCAAAAAGGGAGUUCUGCCAAAGCUGUGGACAGUGCUUCGAGAAGGUGGACGAGGGCUGGCUACUGUUAUAUACCCCAACCUCUUGCCCUUCAUUAGCAAGGUACCUCCUGCUGUUAUGAAACCGAAGCUGGAAUAUUUCAGAACUUUUUUCGGCUCUUUAAUUCAAGGGUUGUCAAGUGAGCGGGCAAUAGCCAGCCCUUCAGAAAGUUCAGCAAUUAUAACUGCAUUUAUGGAGUGUCUGUGCUUUGCUGUACUACAGAAAAUAGAAGAGGAUGACCAAACCCAAAUUCAUCAAAUGCUUAUAUCUGACCAGCUAAUUCCUUUCACCAGUGCUGUUCUUAAGGAGCCCAUGUUACAAAGUGGACCAUUAUUUUAUCAAAUAGCAGAAAUGCUGAGCUCCUGGGAAGCUAAAGCAGAACUCUCCAGUGAUGAUGGCACAGAUGAAGUUUUCCAGAAACUGUUGUCAAAUUUUUGGGACCAUCUUUUAAAAAUGUGUGUACUUCAUGUUGAUAGGUUGGAUGCUGAUGAGAAAUCAUUGUUUGCCAUAUCUGGUAUGCUAGAAAUUCUUCAGAAUCCAAAGAGUGCUACCAAACCAAACAACAAAAAAUUUCUGAAAAUCAGAUUUACAGACGAGGAUGAAUCUGAAAGAAACACAGAGAAUGGAAAGCUCACAGAAGUGAGAAAAGGUGACUCUGAAAUACAGGCUGACUUGCAGCAUAGUUCACAUCUAAGGAAAGAACCUUUAGAGAACUUAGUCUGCAACCUUGCUGAGCUGAGCAUUGUGUAUGUCAAUGAACAGAAGUCAGAACAGCAUUUGAAAUUUCUCUCUGCCCUGCUCAACUCUUUUUCCUCAAACAGAGUUUUCCAAGUACUUUUAGAGCAGGGUAAUGAUGCAAGCCAUGCUCAAGCUGAAUCCCAAAACGAAAUGAAAGCUCAUAACAGAAGUCCAUCUGUACAAUUUCUGUAUAUGAAUUUAAUAACUUGGCUGAAAGAAGACUGGAGAAAAGACACCCAUUUCCUAGUUGAUAUUUUAUACAGUGUGCUUCGUUGUUGCAACAGUAAUGAAGAAAGGAAAAUCAUUCUUGAUGAUUUAGCAAAGAUGGAUCUGAAAUGGAUUAUUUUCCUCCAGAUAAUUCAAAAGGCAUGCUCAAGCACAACAAAACUUUCCUUAGUCUCUGACUGGCUGAAGGGAGAUACACUUGGAGAAAGACUGGUGAUGCUGGCAGAUGAUCUGUGCCACCUGUGUUUAAAACCUAGCACAGCCUCAUCAGACUCAGCCUCUUCAGAAAGGUGGACCCUCCUGAGCUUGGUGUUGUCACAGCACAUUAAAAGCGAAUCAUUGAUUGAUGAAACUUUUAUUGAAAGGAUUAUUGAUAAACUUCAAGCAGCUCUAUCUAAAGCAAAGGAUCUUUCUGAAGCUGGAAAUACUGAGCCAUCAGUAUCUUUCAUCUGUGAUGUAGCCUCAAGCUUUUUCAGCUCCGUUAAAGGGUGUUUACUGAUGCCAUCCUCAGAAGACCUGCUGCUUACCAUCUUCCAGCUGUGUGCUCAGAGGCAGGAUGCAACACACUUAACAGAUUUACUUGUAUGCAAAUUAAAACACACUUGGAUGUCUGGUGUAAAUUCACUUGUGCAUCAGCUUCAGAGCACACACAAACAGAGUACCUUUUUGAUUAAAGCUGCACUGUGGGUCAAGAAUCAAAUUCAGUCUUCCUCUUUGGACGUGAAAAGUCUUCAGAUGUUGAUCUCUGCAGUUAGUGAUUUGUUGUCGAAGCUCAUGGAAGCUGAUGGACAAUCUGGAUACCUUGUGAGAGCUUUUGUUGAGCAUGUCACACCGAACAAAACGGAGUGGGGGAAGUUGCAUGAGUCUCUAUCUACUGAGUGGAUACACAAACCUCUUUUGGAAGGAAGGCUUAGUAUGAAUUGUGAACCUCUGGGAUCAAGUGUCAAGCUGUGUGACACAACUAAACUUCCAGGCCAUUUGUGUACUUCAGCCUUAUUAAGUAAAAUGGUUCUUCUUGUACUGGAAAAUGCUGCAGUCCAUGGAAAUGAUGAUGCUGAAAGAAAGAAAAUUGACAAUAUAAUUGCAGAACUGUUGUACUCCUUACAAUGGAUUGAAGAACUAGAGAAUCCUCCUUCCCUGCUUCUAGAAUAUCUUCAUAUGUUAGAAGAGAUGCACAUCACAUACAAGAAGUUCAGUACACUAAGUAAUACAGCUAGUCUUCAGCAAACUAUAUUUGAUAGAUCAGAGGAACAUGGAAGACUGUGGUCCUUAACCGUGGCUAAAGUGAUCCGUGCGGAAAACACUGUAUCCUGGGAGAGGAGAGAACUUUUUAAGACAACAGAAGGGUUUCUGCCAUUAACAGAGGGCAGAUUGCAUACACUUCAGUGUUUAUCACCUUUCUUAAUUGAGGAGGAAAAGAGAGAACUUGUCUUCCACUGUGUGGCUAAACUUAUGACAUGCACACAGACAGAUCUUUCCAGCACUGAUGGAAAUGUUCAUUUUCUCCAAGAAAUCGAGAUAAAUGCAGUUUUUCUCAAGAAUGGAAAACAGUACUAUUGCAACGGAGCAUUUGGGUGUCUUUCCAUUUUGAACUCCUGCCUGAAUGAUAGAAGUGUUGAUUGUGAUCAUCUACUACCUGGAAUACUGAAAAUAAUAAUAUCUUGGAAAAAUGAUAAUGAGGACAGCUUUCUCUUUAGCUGCAAUCUGAAAGAAACAAGUGCUCAGUUGCUUGGUUUGAACAUUGAGAUGAUCCGUUACUUCCCCUUGUUGCUGAAGUAUUCCACAGCUCCUUUGGCCGAUAGUGAGUGGGACUUCAUCAUGUGCUCCAUGCUGGCUUGGUUAGAGACAACAAGUGAAAACCGUUCCCUUUAUCAUGUCCCGCUUGUGCAGAUUUUUGCUUGUGUUAGUUGUGACUUGGCAUCUGCCCUUAGUGCUUACUUUGAAGCUGCAGCUCCUGAAACUACUGAAAAUCUCCCUAAGAACUUGAUCGGUGAAUGGAAAGAAUUCUUUUCUGAGGGAAUUCACAAUUUGCUGUUACCUUUGUUGGUGAAAAUCACAGGAGAAACCAAAAAUGCAUCAGAAGGUUCUUUUCAGAACUCUGUGUUAAUAUCUUUGGGUGAAGCUCUAACUUACAUAUCGAAGGACCAGUUGUUAAACCAUAAACUGCCACCGAAGUUUGUUGCAGGCCAGAAAACAAAUCUUCCAGAUAAACUCCAGACUCUACUGAAUACAUUGUCUCCAUUGUUGCUUUUUCGGGCUCGACCUGUACAGAUUUCUGUCUACCACAUGCUGUAUAAAUUAAUGCCUGAAUUGCCUAAAUUUGAUGACGAAAAUCUCAAAUCCUAUGGUGAUGAAGAGGAGGAACUGGCAUUAUCACCUCCAGCAGCUCUUAUGUCUAUCCUGGCCACUCAAGAACUCUUGCUAGAAAACAUCCUGGAAUGCAUUCCAGUUGGAGAAUUUGCAGUUAUUCAGCCCCUGAGUGAUGAGUUCUGCCUUGUUCUGGGAUAUCUUCUCACUUGGAAGUUAAUAUUAGCUUUCUUCAAAGCAGCUUCUUCUCAGCUGCGAGUUCUCUACUCACAAUACCUUAGAAGAACUAAAAGCUUGAACAAACUGCUUUAUCACUUGUUCAGGCUUAUGCCUGAAAACCCUGUCUUUUCUGGGCCAACUUCAGAAGUUUCAAAUAAGGACACAAAAACCUUCUUUACUGAAGAGCUUCAUUUAGAUGUUAAAGGAGUGCUGUCAUCCCAGAUUCCGCACUUGGCGUGCUCUGUGUACCACAUAACGCUGAAAGACUUGCCGGCCAUGGUCAGGCUUUGGUGGAAUAGCUGUGAAAAACGUGUCUUCAAUGUUGUAGAUAAAUUUACAAGCAAAUACGUCAGCAGCGUCCUUUCUUCCCAGGAAAUAUCUUCUGUUCAGACCAGCACACAGUUGUUUAAUGGCAUGACGGUAAAAGCUCGGUCUGCAGCACGAGAAGUCAUUGCUACCUAUUCAGUUGAUGAUAUCUUUAUUGAACUAAUAAUACAGCUUCCACCAAAUUACCCACUGGGAUCCAUAACAGUUGAGAGUGGAAAGAGGGUUGGUGUGGCUGUUCAGCAGUGGCGUAAUUGGAUGCUACAGUUAAGCACAUACCUUACACAUCAGAAUGGAAGUAUUAUGGAAGGCUUAUCUUUGUGGAAAAAUAACGUUGAUAAACGUUUUGAAGGCGUUGAAGAUUGCAUGAUCUGCUUUUCAGUCAUUCAUGGUUCCAACUAUUCUCUUCCCAAAAAAGCUUGCAGAACAUGCAAGAAAAAGUUUCAUUCAGCUUGCUUGUACAAAUGGUUCACAUCCAGCAACAAAUCCACGUGUCCACUCUGUCGAGAGACAUUCUUCUGAAAUAAAACUGCCUUUCUUCUUUCUGCGAGCUGAAUAACAUGAAGAGCAGGCGAUAAACUGUAUGUUGAAAGAAGCUAACUCCUUGGAAAUAAUGUCAGUUACUUUAAAUUCUUCACCAGUGGAAUAUGACACAUAUUUACCUCUGGACUGUUGUUUUUGUAAGUUUGAAGAUUCUUCUUUGAUAUAAAGAAAUAGAUAACAAUAAUUUAUUUUAAUUGGUAUAUUUUUAAGAUAUGUUAAAAAUUUCAGAAAUAAUGCAGAGUUAUGUCUGAAAAAGUGGUGUUUAAGCCACAGCAUAGUUGAUUAAAACCUCUUAUUUUAGGCAUAUUCUAACAUGGUGUUAUGUAAUUAACCCAGAUCAUACCUCUUAAUAUAACAGGUGAAUAUAAAAGAGGUGGUAUAAGGACUUGAUUUUUGAUUAUGAUGCAUUCAUAAUAGUCCCUCUCAUGGAGGAAAAAAAAAUGUUGUUGCUGUUAGACAUUAAGGCAUGAAACUACAGUGAUAAUCUUCUGUUAAAGCAUAAAAUUUAAACAUAGCCUGUUCUAAAUUAACACGUUUAUAAACUGAAGUUUCCCUUUAGCAGUUUCUUUUUCCCAAAACUCCUCAGCCAUCCAGCAGCCUAAAAACAUGAAAACUCAGAAGCCCAACUAAGUACAGAGAGCACAAUCAUUCCUGCAUGACAAUGAAUAACACCAUCUAUUUAUUGCUGAUUGGCUUCUAAAGGCAUACACACUUAUCAGUCUUUGUUUAUCUUCAUUAGCUGGCAAAUUAGCUAUCGCUGAAUGUCCACUGUACUUCCACUGUCCUAUAAUAAUAAGGACUCGUAAGUGAAUAUACAGAUGUAUCUGAAUUUAAUAGCUUUCAACUCUACAUUUUUUCAUGCCUUCUUUUUUUUAACAGUGGUAGCAUACUAAUAUAUUCCAACCUGGAUGAUAUUUGUGGUGGAUUUCUUUGAAAAGUCAAUAAAAGGGGGGAAUAAAUAAAUUUUGUCAAUCUCUGUA